GUCCAUGGAUCGAAAGAUGUGGAUGGGUUCUACCACGGGGAGAGUAAUGGCAGAGCGGGCCUGAUUCCCUGUAACAUGGUGUCGGAGAUCCAGGCUGACGAUGAGGAGAUGAUGGAUGAGCUGGUGAAGCGGGGUUACCUUCCUCUCAGCACUCCUGUGGAGAAAAUUGUGAAUUCUGAGCGUGACAAAGAGACCACACGCUCUGUUAACUGCAGAUCCCGCAAGUCUAAACGAGAGAGGAACAGGAGGAGUAACCAGCAACGCUCAAUCACCAGUCGGAGAAUGGUGGCCUUAUACGAUUAUGAUCCGAGAGAGAGCUCACCUAAUGUCGAUGUGGAG